AUGAAACGUUUGCAACCAAAUUGCCCAGCUCAGCGAACAAGCCAACGACCAUCUACGCUACCUGAGCUACCGACAUUCUCCUCUAUAGAAUUCCUAAAAUGCUUCCUACUGCAGGGUAGUAGACCAUGGUUCGCCAAAUGGAGGCUGAUCGAUUUAAUAAUAAGAAUAAGAAUAAGAAUGAUCGACAGCAUGAUAUCGGUCUUCAACGCCGAUGCUUCGCUACCGUACAACCGUGAUUUAUUUGAAACCAUUAUUAUGAACUUAAGAAUGAAGAUGAAUAGGAAAGAGACUUGA